AGCCAGGCCUGAUACAGUUGUUGCGAUGUUUCAAGGUUUGCGUGACGAUGAAAAGGAAGCUGCGUUAGCCCAAAUGAAGGAUAUAAUGUCAGGCAAACUUCCAGAGGCAAUGCAUCUAAACAACUUGAUGGUAGACGAGCAGAAGGUCGAAUCAUUACAGCUGCAACCGACUAAACGCAAAGAAUCGAAAGACAAGCGAUUGAAAAUACUUGGCAAGAUCGAGGAACGACAGGAGAAACUUGCAAAAUAUCGCAAUCUCCUUUCACUUUUAGAAUCAGGAGAAGCGCAACAUGGAGCGAUGGUGGAUGAGAAGAAACUGAGUGAGUAUAAGAUGCUGUCUGCCCAAGAACGUCAAGUCGAGAAGUUGUACCUGACGGAGAAGAUUGCAAAAUGCGAGCGAAAACUAGCCGAAUACCGUCUCGACCUCUCGAAGAUGGAAGAAAGUUGUACUGCGUCUUGUUAAUCGAAUCUCUUUGGGUACAAGAGAUUCUUCUCUUAAGUUUUCAUUCUUCAGGCGUUGAUUUUGGUGAAAGAUUUCCAACGUUGAUUUUUGUGUUAGUUUGUGUGAAUAUAAAGUUUUGAGUGUUUG